UCUCUCAGUACAGGCUGGGGACACCAUGAGUCUUUGGAACACUCGGGCCAGGGACCUGGACGGGUACAUUGAGAUGCAUCUCUUGCCCGAUACCACUUUCCGGACAGAGGUGCGAAGUGCCGUCGACACGAUCUCCUCCUUCCUAAAGAACAGGUGUUUCCGAGACACAGGGAAGUCAGUUCGGGUGACCAAGGUUGUGAAGGGAGGUUCAUCCGGCAAAGGCACAGCUCUGAGAGGCUGCUCCGAUGCAGACCUGGUAGUAUUCCUCAGCGAUCUCCAAAGCUAUCAGGACCAGAUAUACCGCCGAAAAGAGUUCAUUGAGGAAAUCAAGAAACGUUUGGAAGAAUGUGAGCGUGACCAAGAUAGAAUGUUUGAAGUAAAAUUUGAAGUCAACAAAUGGACUAACCCUCGAGUGCUCAGCUUCAGGAUGAAGUCGAAAAAGAGCAGUCAUUGGGUGGACUUUGAUGUGCUUCCAGCCUUUGAUGUUCUAGGACACGUGACAAAAGACUUCACACCUAACCCCCAGGUCUACAUCAAACUUAUAGGGGAAUCCUGGAAUGGGGGAGAAUUCUCCACCUGCUUCACAGAGCUCCAGAAGCUCUUCCUCAAACAGCGCUGCACCAAGCUCAAAAGUCUCAUCCGAUUGGUGAAACACUGGUACAAAAUGUGCAAGGACAAAAUGGACCAACUCCCCCCUCAGUAUGCCUUAGAGCUCCUGACUGUCUAUGCCUGGGAGCACGGGAGCAAGGAAACUGUUUUCAACACAGCUCAGGGCUUCAAGACAGUCCUGCACCUGAUCCAGAAUUACCAAAAGCUCAUGGUCUACUGGACCAUCAACUAUGACUUUCAGAAUGUGAUCAUUGGAGAGUACCUGAAAUCACAGCUGAAAAAACCCAGGCCAGUGAUCCUGGACCCAGCUGACCCAACUGGUGAUGUAGGGGGUGGAAGUCGAUGGCACUGGGACAUGCUGGCACAAGAAGCUUACCGAUGGUCAUUUGCCCCAUGUCUUCAAAACUGGGAUGGGAGCCGUGUGCAGCCAUGGAAUGUGCCGGUGGAGCAGACACUGGAAGGAAGCAAAGGCUUUCCCCCACACAGUUACUCAGAAGAGGCCUUCUUCAUUCACAAUCCAGUGGUACUGCCAACGUGUGAUUGUUACCUCCAAAGAAAUCCUCCUGCCCAAGAAGAGUCUAACUGCACAGUUCUCUGAGUUUGUUCACCCCACCCCCUGGCUCUUUGUGAUCUCAGAGGGACAGUAGGAUGUAUUAGAUGAGAGGGCUACCAAAGUCCUUCCCAGCUCUCAAAUCCUUUAAUUCCAAGAAAAUUAGAGGAAGGUGUGGGUCUUUGAGUGCAAUAGUUUUAUCAGAAACAUGUAGUGAUGUCUUCAUAGGGAUAAUAUCUGUAAGUGAACACGGUUGGGUUGAGUCAAACAGAAUAGGGGAUCUUCUAAUUCUGGGUAUGGCUCUAAUCCUGUAACCCCUAGGCUAUAGUGCUGCUAGAAAUGCAAGCCAUCUCUGAGUUCUCCUAUCUAUAUCUCAUUUGUGUGUAAUGGUUAGCAUGUUAUCUCCCCUUGAAAGAAAUUAUUAUUUCUCUAUUAAUAACUAUUAUAACUAAUUAUUAAAUCAGGACCAAGGUUUUCCUCCUUUUUGACUCCCAAAUCCAGAAAUCAACCAGUGUGGGAAAUCUUUCUCAAAGACUUUCCCAGGAAAAGGAAUUCUAGGUUUAGGCUAAUGGGUGGAUUCCUGCUCAUUGGGUUUACUCAGGCAGGUCUGGGAAAAUGUGGAUUCUUCCUUUUGUCAGACAGGUGAUAUGGAAAUUGGUAAGUCCAAAUACCCCAAGGCCCUCAUUGCAAUAUAGCCCAUUUUCUGUUAAAAUAUUAAUUCUCUCAUUAAAUGUUAACUGGAGUUGAUUGCCACCCUUGGGAACACCUGCUCUUCCAAGGGCGUAUAAACUGAGCCCACUGCCAUCAGGGGUCUUUGGCAUUCGAGAGUACUGCUGAUACUGCUGACCUCUUUUAUCAAUAACAUGGAAGCCUUAUUAAUAAAAUGACUAAUUACCCAGAAAUUGUGUCUCUCAAACUUUUUAAACAUCACAGUUUAAUAGACUGUGAGCUCCUAGAGAUGAGAAACUUUUUUUCUUUCAUGUUUGUAUUUCCAGCAUUUAGUGCAGUGCCUGGCAUAUAGUAAGGGAUUAAUAAAAGCUUGUUGAUCAACUGACGUGGGACCUAGGAAAUACUACUAGACUACUAGACUAGAAAUACUACUAGGCACCUAGAACACAAUGGUGUUUUUGUUUCAAGGGUGAUGUGAAAUCUUUGCACUGAUAAUAUGGCACCUGGAGGCCAAACAGCAUGAAAAGAGGUACCCAGUGUGGAUACUUCACCCUUCAUGCACUGGCCCUGCAGUCCCAUUCAGAUGCAUCUCCAUGAGGAGUAGGAGUCAAGGGGAAGUUGGGCAUUUCCUGGAACAAUCAGCCUGUAGCUUUGAUCUGUAUGUGCCAACUGUAUGCUUACUAACUAAGCUGUGCCAAUCAGCAUGUAUCCUUGAUCUGUAUUGCCAACUGUAUAUGUAUUAACUAAAUAAAGUUGACUUUUUUCUCCA